AGACUGAGAGGGCUGAGAAACAUCCUUUUCUUUAGUCCAUGAUGAGGUACAGCAAGCUGUGUCUGUUACUGCUGCUGAGCGGCUACACGUUGGCUCAAGGAGGCAAUGACAAUAACGCUCCAACUUCUAUGUGUCUAUUGGCAUCCAGAUUCAAGACCUUUAAGAACUACAUGUACCAGUACACCACAGAGAGCAGCAAUGCUGUGGUGGGCACUGCUAACCUUGAGAAUGGCCCCAAAGUUUCCUGUCAGGUAGAGAUCGAAGUCCCUCAGCCGUGCAGAUUUGUCAUGCACACCAGGGACUGUGCUCUCACUGAGGUGUCACUCAUGGAUGCCCAGGGCCAGCCGGUCUACAUGAACGUCCCCAGAUCUGAGGCCUUCCAGAAUGCAAUGGAAAAGAACCCUCUGAAGUUUGCUGUGGAGGAAGCCACCCGUGUGCAGCUGUACCCAGAGACAGAUGAGCCAGUCAACAUACUUAACAUUAAGAGAGGAAUCAUUUCAUCACUUAUCGUUUCCGUCAUGGAGGAUGAACAGAGUAGCCUCAUGAGCACAGUGCAUGGCCUAUGUUUAACAGACUACACGGUGAAUGCCAGGAAGGAUGUCGCCACAGAUGUGAUGCUGUCCAGAGAUCUAUCCCAGUGUGACCAGUUCUACAGCAGGGAACGAAUCAACAGCCCCUUGGCCCUACUGCAAAAGUUGCAUCGCCCCAUGUCUAAGCUGAUUACAAGCACUCAAGACUGCAACUACCAGUUUGAUAACAAGGGAAAGCACAUUACGGCAGCCACGUGCAAAGAAAAACACACCUAUUUGCCAUUUUCCUAUCAGGACAAUGGGAUAUCAUCUGUGGUGACCCAGGUUCUUAGUUUUCUAAGCUCCAAAAGGAUCAACAACAGUGUAUUUGAUGUGAACCCCAGCCAGAGCAAGCCACUCCACUUUGAAGAGCCUCAGGACAAAGCUCCAGUCCAGACCAAAGACGCUGUACUGAGCACCAUGAAGGAGCUCAUGGCUUUGGCAGGCACAGACCAGGGUCAGAAGAGAAGCAGCCUUUUUCAUAAGCUUGUGUCUAGCCUGCGUAUCCUGCAGAAUGAAACCCUGAGCAAAAUGGUCACAGAGAUGAUGGAUAUGUCAGGAUGGCUCACCUGGCAGGCCCUGUUCCAGUGUGGAACUGCAGAGUGCACCAGUGCCAUCCUCAGUGCUGUCAGGACCAUUGAUGGAGUGUCACUGGAGGUGGACGCUCUCGUCUAUGGGCUGAGUCUACAGGCUAACCCUGAUGCCUCACGAGUCCGAGACAUGCUCAGCAUGGCUCAGUAUAGACAGAGCAGAGCAAUCAUGUAUGCUCUAGCCAAUACAAUCAAGAAGUUCCAUAAAGCAGAGGUUACUCCAGUGGUCAAAGACGUGUCAGUGUUCAUGGAAACACUCCUAAAUGACUGCUCGGAAGAUAUCCUUGAUGAUGACUCUGACUUUCCCUCUGACCCAAGAAAGAUGUCCUUCCUUGUACUGAGGAUUGUUGGUGUCAUGGGUCGGGCCAUGCAGGCUGUCAGCCCCAGCCUCGUUUCCUCCAUUCUGAAGUGCGCAAAGAAAACAGACAUUCCAUUAUCAAACCAGAAGGCAGCAAUACAGGCCUUUAGGAUGAUGGAUAUCAACAAUGAGGUCAAAAAUACUUUGUUUGAGGUGUACCAGGAUGCUCUGAACCCGGUAGAAAAACGUGUAGCUGCCUAUCUGAUUCUCAUGAAGAACCCAGACCAAGCCCUGCUCAGAGACAUUCUCAACAAUCUAGAGAAUUUGAGGGAUGAGCAGCUCAAGCGCUUUGUGGUCUCCCACCUGAAGAACAUCUACGACUCCAGCGAGCCACAAAUGCAUAAACUGAAGAAGUACAUUGAGUUGGCCUUCAAAGACCAGCUAUCACCCACAAGAAAGAUACUCAGUGGCAUGUCACGCAACUACAAAAAAGACUCUCCCUUGGGUUCAGUGCAAAGUAACAUAAUCUUUGAUGCUACGGACACCUUACCUAAGGAGGUGAUGCUUGAGACCACUCUAAAGGUUUUUGACUACAACUAUGACAUCUUUGAGGUGAGUGUUGAGGGAUCAGGAUUUGAACCAACAAUUGAUGCCCUCUUUGGGGAGCAGGGUGUCAUCCCUGACUCCAUCUCCAAAGUCACGUACUGGGCAGGUGACAAAGCCCAGAUGCUCCGAGAGGUUCUGAAUAGAAUGGCCCCUCAAAGAAACAGAAUGAAAAGACAGGCCCCACAGGAUCUUUUACAAGACAUCACAAAGAGUGUCCAGAAGCUCAUGGAGGGCCUGCGUUUCUCUCCAACCCCUGAAGCCAUAGCCUAUCUUCGGCUUUUGGGAGCGGAGAUAGGAUACAUGAAGACCAGCGACAUGAGAAAGAUGGCUGAGACUCUGUCCAUGUACUACAUUGUUUUCACCAGGGUGCUACCUGGCAAGGCCUUUUCUGCUUUGACAUCUAGCACUGAAAAUGAGGUAUUUGCCCACUACAUCUUCAUGGAGACUGGCUUCUCUUUACCUACUGCCUCUGGCUUCCCAUUGAAGUUCUCACUGGCUGGUGUGUUUGCACCUGGUGUCAAAGGAGGCCUGACCCACUCACCUGCCAACAAAAUGACUGACUUGUCCAUUAUGCCCUCAGUUGGGCUAGAAGUCAUCACUGAAAUGGGUGUCCAUAUUCCAGACUAUGUGGAGGCUGGGUUUGAGAUGCACACUAAUCUGUACCAUGAGAGUUCCCUCAAUGCUAAGGUCACCAUGAGCAGAAACCAGAUGAGACUGGCUAUCCUUGCUCCUCAGUCAAAGACUCAGUUGUUCAGCAUUAGCAACAAGUUGCUUUCAGUGUCCUCUGGUCAAACAACAAUAGUGCCAUCCCUGGUGGAGGACCGGUCUGAUUCAGCUAACUGCCAUACCCUUUUCAGUGGUCUAAAAUUCUGCACUAUUGUGCGUUACUUUGAUGCCACUUCCUUGGACCAGGCCCCAUAUUACCCCCUGACUGGAGAAAGCAUCUUUGCAGUUGAAAUCCAGCCAACAGGGGAAGUUUCAGAGUAUACUGCCACCAUCACUGAUGAAACACUUAGAGAGGGUAAAAAAGGUCGUCGUAGAGUAGACUGUCUGAAGCUAUCCCUGAAGGCAGAAGGGUAUGAUUCAGCUGAGGCCACUGCAUCUCUGAAAUACAACCGCAACAAGAACACGCUCACUACUGAGGUUGUAAUUCCUAACUAUGAUGUGGAGGCAGGUAUCAAGUUGGCUGUAAGUGACAGUGACAAGAAGAUAAAAGGUAUUACCAUUGAUGUCACCAACAGAAACAUCCCACAGCUGACUUUUGUUGGACGCACAAGACAUGACAUGAUGAAGGAUGCCAUGCUGCAACUCCAGCUGGUCGUUCCAUCUCUGAAAACUGAUGCCUCUGUCACUGCAUCUCUGAAGAGGGAUGAGGAUGUGCUCAUGGACUUGGAAACACUCAUCAGCCUACCUGAGACAUCCUACCAACAGAAAGCUUCCCUCAGAUACAAUGAUGACAAGUUUGUGGUGGAACUGAAAUCAGGCCUAAAUUCAGAAAUUAAAAAACUAAUCCCAAAUGCAGAGGAUCAUCACAGGCAGAUGCAACAUCUCAUCGAUCAUGUCUUGGACCAGAAAGUGGCAAGGACUGACAUGAAACUGCGUCACAUAGUCACCAAAGGCAUUGAGGCAGGUAAUAUAUGGCUGGACAAACUGAUAAUACGCAUUCCCUAUCUUUCAAACCUGCGAAGUAAGAGGAGUAUCUCAGACCUUACACUGCCAGCUCUGCCUGAGAAACUGUUUCUGCAGUUUGACAGCUUGUUCCAAUACCAGUUCAACAAGGAUAGGAUGGUCAUUUCACUUCCUCUUCCACAUGGAGGCAAAAAUUCAGAAGAGUUGAACAUUCCAACUACUCUGUCUAUUCCCCUCAUAGAUUUACCAGAGAUAGGUCUAUAUAUCCCUGCCAAAAACUAUCCACUACCGUCAUUCACUAUAUGGCCUACUUUGGAUUUCACUGUCCCUCUUCUUGGUCUGGCUGAAGCAUCCACCAAGAUCAACAGCAACUUCUACAGAUGGGAAGGCUGCAUCUCUGGGGGGAACAACACUGUUGAUGUCCCAAGCUACAUUGCACAGUUUAAUGCCAAGUCCCAAUCACCUUUCAACCUACUGUCAUACAAGCUUGAAGGAACAGGGAUGAUGUCAGGAAGAGCUGAUGACAAUAUCAAGUAUCUUCUGAAUACUUCCUUCAGCCAUAGCCUCAUUGACACAAGCUUGAGUGUCUUAGAAACAUUAAGGGUAAACAACAAAAUGAAUGCAAGAGCCAACUAUAAGAUUGAAGUCUCUAGUCCAGUAGGCCUGCAAGCCUCUCUCUACUAUUCUGCUCAGUCAACCUCAACUCUAGAUUCAGGUGAAGUUUCCGGAGACGGCACUGUGGACGGAUCACUUGAAAUAGGUUUGUUCUACACCAAUACCUCCUACACCCACAGCUACAACCUGCGUCCAGUAGAUAGGGAGGGAAGAGGAGAGUCUACCUUGCAGUUCAACUCACCAUUCAUCAAAGUUUACAACGUGAUCCAUGGAGCCUAUGCAAACUCUGAGUUGAAUAUUGUGUCCAAAACUAAUGCCCUGGAGGAUGUCCUCAAGCAUGUAGCAGAGCUCAAGUAUAACGAUGCACAACUGAUUCUAAAAUCUAAUGCUGUUGCCUCAGCGAUGGGGAAAUCCUUCAAUAACAAAGCUGAGCUUGGUGUGUCCAGCCACAUGACCAUCCUCAGAAUUGAGUCACAAGCAGAUGAUGAAACAAAUAGGGCAUACUCACUUAUAACAGGAUCCCUGGAUUCAAAUGGGCUUCAAGUGAACUCUGAAGGUUCCUUCGCCUUUGACAUGGGUCAAGGAUUGCACAAAGCUUCUGUUAUGGUUGGCAGAAAUGGCCUAACCACAAGUGGAACUUUCGGUAUUCAGUGCAGCCCUGUCACAGUAGAUAGUAUCUUCAAUGCUGCCAUAGACAACAAUGGGACCUACCUGUCCUCCAGGACCAAAGCAAUGGCCGAGGAUAGCAGAGGAGAGCUGAACAUUGAGGGAAAAAUUACAGCUGCAGAAGCUUCUUUGAAUGGUGUCCUCAAGGGAUAUGCAUACAAUGCAUCCACAAGAAACAACAUGGAUAUUGUUCUGAACCCAAGGGCUUUGACCUUUACGAGCAACACCAUGGGAACAUUUAAGCAGAUGAAUACAAAAAAUAGCCACACAGUGACCAUCACUCUGUGGACCUUAGCCCUCCACUCCAAGACUAAUAACUUAAUCUGUGAGGAUAUUUACUACAAGCAAGACACCAAGGUUGAUAUGAAGCCAUUUACAAUGUCCUUUGAUAUGACAAAUAAUCUCAAGUUUUAUGAUGUCACUUUGAACAACGAAGCCCACAUGAAGCUUGAGCCAAUUAAAGUGGAUCUGAGUGGAAUUAUGAAGGGAGCUUAUGGAGAAAAAGACAACAUUAAACAUACCUAUGAACUCAACUAUGACAAUAUGGCUGGUACAGUGAAAUGCAGCACAUCUGGCAAUGUAAUGGACACCCAGCUCACUCACAACUGUGAUCUUGAGUUUGCUGGACUUUCUUCCAAGUCAAACUGUGAGGCACAAAUAAAUUCUGAACCUCUACAUUUUGAAAGCACCAUUCGAACCAUGGCACUGCCUUUCAGCCUCACUGUUAAUGCUCUUAUCAACAGUGAAGGAGAAAUUCAUCUAUAUGGGAGGCACACCGGACAGCUGUACAGCAAGUUGUUGGCGAAAGCUGAGCCCCUAGCUCUUGCAUACUCACAUGACAGCAGGGUAGCAACCAUACAUAUGCUUCCAAGUGGGGAAUCUUGUACUAAUUUAGACAACAAAUUUGAUGCCCUCCUGACACCAAACAAUCAAUCUCUGACCUGGAAAGUAAAAUCAAAACUGAACAACCAUGCAUAUGACCAAGAAAUCAGUUCUUAUAAUAAUCCUGAGAAGAUUGGAUUUGAGUUGUCAGGAUUAAUGUUGACAGACAUUUUCAGCAAAAUGCGCAAAGAUAAGAGAUCAAAGAGAUCAGAAAUAGAAGAAGUUAGUGUUUCUAGUUUUUUCAAGUAUGACAAAAACAGUGACUGUUAUAUCAUUUAUUUCCCAUUCAUUGAGAGCUUUCCUCUGGCUUUUGAGCAGCUCAAGAACACACUUGUGCAAACCCUAGAAUCGCUUCAACAGUUCAUCAACAGUUUAGAUUUUAAUCAGCUAAUCACUGACUUUAGAACAAAAUUAGAUCAGCUACCAAUGCAAGUGAGUGAUUUCAUGCGAGAAAUGGACUUGGAGAAUAAAGUGAAUCAAGUAAAUGCAAAACUUGAUUAUUUGAUCAAUGAGUUUUCUGUAAAAAUAGAUGACUUGGAGGUUGCGAUGGAAAACUUGCAAAAAAACAUGGAGAAUAUGGUAAUAACCACUGCCAUCAAAAUGAGAGACCUCAUCCUUACACUCAAAGACUAUGUCAAGUCUAGACACUUUACAGAUAAUAUAACAAAUGUACUCUCACAAAUUGGAAAUACGCUUUGGGCAUUUAAUGAAAAGUAUCAGAUCAAGCAAUCACUUGUCAAAGCACUUGAUGCCAUCGAGGACAUCAUCAGACAAAUUGAUUUACAGAAGCUCACAGAAAGCAAUGCUGCGUGGCUGCGAGAUUUGAAUUCUAAAUAUAGAAUCUUGGAGAAAAUCAAAGACAAACUGUCCAAAAUGAAACACGCCAUUCAGAACUUUGAUGUCAACAUGUUUUUCCAAGAUAUAAAGGAUUACCUUCUCUCAGGUGAUUUGGCCAUGUAUAUUGAGCAGCUAUCAUAUAAAAUUCCCUCCUCAGAGAUAGCAAAAGUUAUGGAAUCUAUGAAUGAUGUGAUUGUCAACUGGAUUGAUGAAUAUGAAAUCCCCCAAAAAAUCAAUGCAGUGUAUUCUUACAUUAGGGAUCUACUUUUAAAAUAUGGCCUUGAUAAUAAAUUUAAAGAAUUAAUGGUUCAGGCACUGAUUCUCAUUAAGGAGUUCAAGAUUGAAGAGACUGUGCAGUCAAUCGUAAAUACUUUGAAAUCUAUCAACCUCGAAUUUGUUUAUGAUAAAAUCAUGCAACUUCUGCACAGCCUGAUAAGCCAGUUCAGAGCAUUUGAGUUAAUGAAAAGCAUUGAUGACCUCAAUAAACACAUUUCUUCAAUUUUAAAGUCAAUGAGGGAAUUUGACUACAGUGCAUUUGUUGAUGAGACCAACAAAAAGAUUGCUGGACUAACAAACUAUAUCAAUGAGCAGAUUAAAAUAUAUGAGGUUGUCCAAAAAAUUGAGGCAGUUAGGGAAUUUAUUAAAGAGAUUCAAAGUUCCAUCUUUACAUAUCUGGAUGAACUCAAAAGCACAAAAAUGUCUGACAUGCUAAAGAAACUGAAAAAUGUGAUUGAUAAUACAUUUUACAAUGACAUUAAGAUGAAAGUGCAGGACAUCCUUGAGGACAUGCAUCAAAGAACCCUUGACAUGGAUAUCAGAAAUGAAAUGCACAUUUACUUUCAAAGAGCAAGUGAAUCCUAUAGCAAUGUGGUUGCUUACAUUUCUGUGCAGAUAAACCGACUGAUAGAGAAGAUCAGAGAUGUGGCUGACCAUGAGAUCAUCACCCAGAUGAAGCAAAUUGUAGAUGGAGUUUUGGGUGCACUGAAAAGAGCUGAGAUUGAAGUUCCCACUUUUACUAUACCUCUCACUGACCUUGUCAUUCCAGCAUUUUCAAUCAACCUGAACAAACUGCAGAAGAUCAGCAUCCCAGCUCAAAUUACAGUCCCUGAGUUCACCAUCCUUAACUCCUAUACAAUUCCUGCCUUCACCAUAGACUUUGAUCAGAUCAAAGCAAAUAUAAUUGCAAUCAUAGACAAAAUCAGAGAAUUUGAGAUCCAAACGUCUGACCCUGAGGCAAUCUUUGGUGACUUAAAAGUCCUCUACCUACCUCAAAUACCAGAUCUUACUUUAAAAGAAAUAACUCUUUCAGAAAUCAAAUUUCCUACCUUCAACAUGCCCAAAUUAAAUCUGAAUGAUUUCAAAAUCACAGUGCUUCCAAUUCCAGAGAUCAAAUUACCUGAUGUUCCCAGUAACAUUUGUAUCCCAGUUUUCAGUAAACUGCAUGGAGAAUUUAGAGUCAACUCCCCAGAUUACACUCUUGUGGCUAUAGGAAAGAUUGAGAACUCAACAUCCACACCAAAAAACCCACAGUUUACAGCCACCAUUACUUCUCUUGCCAAAUCAUCUAUCAAGCCCCUCGAACACACUUUUGAAGCCACUGCUCAGUUGGAAGCUCCCGGAAUGAAGAAGUUACUAUUCACAGAAACAAUGAAAGCGAAACAUAUGGCCUUCUCUUUUGAUCAUGAAGGGUCCUUGACACUCACUGGUGCCUCUGCUGAAGUUUCUGCAAAGACCAUGACCAAGGCCACAACCCAAAUGUACACAGCAGACUUGGUAAACAAUAUGGUGCUCACACUGAGGAGUGGAAUCUCUGCAACCAUAGACAUGACCUAUGACCACAGCUUGGACAUUCCAUCUAUUGAAACUUCAAGUCAGGCAUCAAUAAAACAGAAUAUAGCAGCCACCAUGGAAUCAGGCAAAAUUACUGUGACUAGUGAAACCACUGGUAAUGGAAAGUGGUCUGUUCAAGACUACACUGAUGAAGGUACACACAAAAGCAAUGCAAAAUUUAACAUCAAUUUUAGCACUGCCGAGUUAACUUUUGUAGGAGAAACAGACUGUAAGGCCAUGAAAUCUAGGCAAACAUUGAUUGCUGAAUCAGUGAUCUUAAGCCAUAUCAGUGUUGAAGCAAGGUGUGAAACUGAAGCUCCAUCUGUCAAAAAGAGUGUUAUGGUAUUAAAUGGACAGGCUCAUAUUGGGGACUUGAAAGUUGCAGUGAAAGCUUCUCAUGCUGCUGAAUUCACUGAAAGUCUGACUGGAUUAAUGGCCAACUCGCUGGAAUUUGUGACCCAUCCAUUUGAGAUUGCACUUGAUGUUACGAAUAAAAUAAACUCAAAGAUGUUCUUCCCCCUGAAACUUACCGGUAAGGUGGAUCUCCAGUAUGACUAUGGUGUUACACUAAACUCUGUCAAGCAGCGAGCUUAUUGGUGUACUUUGGCAAGAUUCAACCAGUAUAAGUACAAUCACAGCUUCACAGGAGAAAACAAUGAAAAGGACAUCUUAUUUUACUCAUUAGCUAAUGGAGAGGCUAAUCUGGACUUUUUGACAGUUCCUCUAUCUAUACCAGAAAUAACUGUACCUUAUCUUAGAAUUAAAACCCCUGAGGUCAGAGACCUCUCACUGUGGAAAAGUGCUGGAUUCGAAACCUUGCUUACCAUUCCUCAACAGUCAUUUGAUAUAAAUCUGAAGCUUCAUUACUACAAGAACCCUGAUACACACAGCUUUAAUUUACACCUUGAACCAAUUUACAGUGCAAUCAUUUUUAAUGCCAACAUCAUCCAUGCUCAAUUUGAUCAUUAUAGAGAAAAAGUAGUAUUACUUCUAAAAGAUUCAUACAACCAAGCAAAGUCACAGUAUAUCAAACACAAAAUAGACACUUCUAGCCAGCCUCCAAGAAUAUUCACUGUCCCUGGAUACAAAAUACCAGUAUUCAAUAUUGAGGUCUCUGCUUUCAGGGCUGAGAUGCCAGCCUUUAGCUACUUUGUUCCUAAGGAGGUCAGUACACCAAGCUUCAAAGUUCCAGCGCUGGGUUUCUAUGUGCCAUCCUAUACCCUUGUGGUACCAUCUUUGGAGUUAGCUGUCAUCUAUGUUCCAGAAACAUUAAAUGAAAUAAAACUGCCAACUUUUACACUACCAGCCAUUCAAAACAACAUUUUGAUCCCAGCCAUGGGAAACAUUACUUGUGACUUCUCCUUCAAAUCUACUGUGAUUGCCUUAAAUGCUAAUGCUGGCCUUUACAGCCAGUCUGACAUUGUUGCUCAGUUCAGUGCUUCCUCAACAUCUGUCUUUAAAAUUCUUAAUGGAAAAAUAGACGGUAUAACCAGUUUGACAAAGAAGAGAGAAAUUAAACUAGUUACCACUGUAUCACUGGAGCAUAACAAUGUGGAAGCAAACCAUGAAUGUGCUGUUAGUCUCACCAAAGAGAGCAUUGAUGUCUCCAUAGCCAACAAUGCAAAAAUCAAUCUACUUUUCCUCAAUCUAGAAUUGAAUCAGGAACUCACAGGAAACACAAAGACCAGGCUAAAUGCUACUUUCAAGAAAAAAAUUAACUACAUGUUUAACAUUCCUAUGAUUGAGUCUAUAGGUAAAGGGAACCUUGAUAUGAACUGGGCACUGGAAGCACUUUCUUCCUAUAUGUCACUGACGACCUCCACCCAAGGGAAGUCAGACAUGAUUGUAAUGGAUUGUUGUAACUUUGCUGGAGAUUUAGAGAAUGAGGCCAGUUUCUACCUUGAUGCAAAUAUAUUGCAUUCAGCUAUCAGGACAAACUUAAACUUGAACACUGAAAAACAGGACAAACAAAAGCGAAGCUCAAGCAAUAACAUCUUCCAGUUUGAUGUGAAUAAGAACUUGGUUCUUGAGGUCUCCUUGCAGCGAAUGUUUGCAACAGUUGAUUACACCAGCAAUAACAAUAUUGAUUUUGCAUAUUUCAACACAUAUGGAAAGCACAUUGUUAAAGGAGAACUAGAUUUUGUUCCCAUGGCAACCUUCAAGACUACAUUAAACAUUGAUGCAAGUCAGCCAAGUAGUUUGGCUCAUGCUGGACUCUCUCAGAGCAUCAAUCUUGACAUCAGCUUAGAGAGGCAGUCUUUCACCUGGAGUAGUAAGGAAAAGCUGACAUCUCUCAUGCAUGCUUGUGAUUUACUCAUGUCAAAUGAUGAAUCCGAAGUACGCAUGGACUUGAGUGGAUCAAUGGAAGGCCACCUAGCUUUCUUGAAGUCAGUUAAGCUUCCUGUAUAUCAGAAGAACCUCUGGGAUGUUCUCAAGUAUGGUCAAGUCACAAAUAUGGACAACUUACAGUUUCUUAACAUCUCUAGCAGCAUUGUAUACACAAAGUCAGUGGAUGGCCAGGAGUAUACAAUACCAUUUGAAUGGUUUGAAAACAGCAUCACUUUUAGGAUACCUGAGAUUAACAUUGCCAUGCCUCCUUGGGCAAAACAAAUCCCACACUCCAUAAGGAGCAUAGACAUGCAAUUUGAAAACCCUGAUGUCCCUGAUAAUAUCACUCUUCCCCCUGCAAUCUCAGUUCCAUCCUUUGAUGUGCCAUUUACCAACUUGCAUGUAGGACCCUUUACAUUUGAUCCCAAGAACCUUACCAUCCCUAAUGUGAUCACCUCUACAGCCUUUGAAAUCAUGGUGCCUGGUUUGCCAAUUCUGUCUGUGCCAAGUUAUAACAUUGAAACAAAGUAUCUACAGUGGAAAAUGACAUUCCUUUCAUUUAAGAUGCCACAAUAUGGAAUCGCAGUCUCAUCUUUCACACUACCAAAAUCCUUUACCGUUGGAGAGCACACCAUCAGCCUACAUGACAUCACAAAUCAUAUUUCAAACUUCAAACUACCAACCAUUGUCAUCCCUGAGCAAAAACUUGAAAUCCCCAAAAUUUCUCUACAUCUGCCCUCAAGUGUGUUUAUUCCAUCUUUUGGAGCCCUAAGUGCCACUCUGAAGAUUUCCUCUCCUAUUUAUAAUGUGUCAACAACUGCCAACCUGGAGAAAAAGGACUCUGGCUUUGUGACUUCUCUAUAUUCCAUCUGUACCUCAACCAUGAUCUUCUUGGAAUAUGAGUUCUCUGCCAGUGCAACCCUUGGCUUUGAUAAUGGAGUAAUCAAUGUAAAUGGGAAGUGCAACUUGAUUCACAGCGAUGUAAAGGUCAAUUGCCAACAUGUUUUGGCACAGAACCUAAGGAUGAAGCACCAGACCUCCCUGGCUAAUUCAAUGGAGUCUCAUCAUAGUCUUAAUGUUGACAUCACCAGCCGGACAUUUGUUGAUGUGAGCUUUCGCUUUGCUUUCCGCAAAGAUGGAAUAACUGCAUCUAUGUCUUGUCCAUCAUCUGGGUUCCUUGGAUUGCAGUUUCAGCAGAGGUCUCAGUCACAGUUAUAUGGAAAACUGUUCAGUCGAUACCUGUCCUCUCCUGAAAAGGAUACUGAUGUUAUCACUGCCAGAGUCACACUGAGAAAGCCUCAAAAGUUGAUCUUACAGAUGUCAUGGAAUUGGGACUUCUGUCAUGAUGUGGUUGAGGGUACCAAGGACAGGAUUCCUGCUAUGACUGAUGCUGUGUUCAAGUUCAUUAACAAGUACCACACUGACCACUUUGGCUUUGAUCUCAACCGUGGCGGCAUGAAGCUGAAAAACACAGUUUCCAAUGGCAUAGAAAGAGCCUAUCAUGAGGUGCCUAUGUUUCCUGACACACUGCAGAAUUCAAUCAAACACCUCAGUGAUGAAGGACAGGACAUGUACAGAAAAGCUUCUGAUGGCUUGAUGUCCUUGAAUGUCCAGGAUGUUAUAGACACAUUGACUCAUGAGGCUAGACAAGUCUUGAAUCACAGUGAAGACAAGAUUUAUGUCUUCUUCGAUGCAGUCAGACAGUCUUUGAGUGACACAAACUUUACAUUGCCUGGAUCUGAAGAAUGGCUCUCAAGCCUGGAGAUGUCCCAGCAAGCUCGUUGGUCUGUAUCAAGAGUCACUGACAGGACAAUACAAAGGUUUUCCAGCCUCAUGGAGAAGAUUACUAGGUACAUCAGGGACAUCAAGUUCACCUUACCUGAAACUGAUGUUGUUGUCAAUGGAAAUGUGAUCAUGGAUAAACUAAUGUCCUCUACAAGAUCUGCGUAUUAUCAGCUUAGACAUUCAGUUAGCAGGGGGUUUUAUUUGCUUCAGAAUACAGUUUAUGAUCUCCUCCAGGUAACUGCUGAAAAAGCAGAGAAUUUCAUCACCUACCUAAAAGAUGAAAAUGUGGAAAUUGCUUCUCAAGUUGAUGCCAUUCAUGCAAAGAUUCUGCAGUCUUCAAACCAACGUACUAAGGAGGCGAAGAGAUUUGUGGCUGAGUAUAAAGACCACGCCAAACUGAAGAUUCAAGAGGCUUAUACUGCUUUAAGUAUGGAGCGGGUUAAUACCAAUGCCAAGGAGUUUAUCAGUAUUUUGCAGUCACCUCUCUACAGAGGACUUAAUGAAACUAUAGAUCUACUGAGUAGGACAUCCCUUAGCACAGCACCAUACAUUAGAGUGAGCAAUAAAAAGAUGGACAUUGAAAUUCCUUUACCCUUCCUCUGGAAGGCUAAAAGUGAAUGGCCAAUGUGGUCCAGUCAGUGAGUGAUGGCUCUCCUGUGGUAUCAUAAUAACUGACUUAAUUUGUCUGUGAAUAAAAUGACUUUUGUGUAAUGCCAUGAAACAUGUUUAAAUGUGUUUUAACUUAUGAAAUAUAGACAGGCUUUUCAUACGAGAGAUUUCUUUAAAUUUGACAAUUGAUAAAAUUAUGACCUACCACGUUUGUUCGAUGAUUGUUUUCAAUUAAACAAUGAUGAAUACA